GGAGUCCGUCUUCUUCCAUGUUUAGGCCUGUAAGCGCAGACACUCGUUUUAAAUCAACUUCUACCCUGGCGCUGCUCCCUCCGGCUCGCCUGACUUUCUUUUGGUCGCUUGUUCAGCCCUUGUGCCGCCGCAUUCCAGUUAAAAGACCGCGAGGGGUCAGAUCAGCCGGAGUCUCCGUUCGCUCUCACGCACUCGCUCACCGCGCAGCACAAUUCUCGUCUGCAUAAUUUAUCGUUGUAUCAUCAUAUUAUCAGAGUAUCCUUCGCUCUUCUCGUUCCUUUAUCCCCACCACCACCACAUUACUAUCAACCUUGACGCGACACCAUCGCAACCAUGAAUGUGAACAAGAAGCUGGAUCGUUUCAAACAAUGGGCUGGAGAGCGCAUGGGAGGAGAAGUCAAGACUAAUGUGUCCGACGAUUUCAAAGCGCUGGAAAUAGAGAUGGGCCUGCGCCAGGAAGGUCUGGAGAAGAUGCAGAAAUCCAUGACCGGAUAUGUAAAGGCAAUCUCUAAAAGAUCUGAAGUAGAGGGCAAGGAGAAAACGCUACCAAUCACCUACCUGGGAGGAACCAUGAUAGCGCAUGGAGAGGAUUUUGAGCCUGAUUCCGAUUAUGGACAAUCGCUCACCAUGUUUGGCCGGACUCAGGAGAGAUUGGCUCGCGCGCAAGAAACAUACAUCAUAGCUGCGACGAACUCAUGGCUAGAGUCCCUAGAAAGGUCACAAGUUCAGAUGAAAGAAUUCCAGGCUGCUCGCAAGCGGCUCGAGACAAGGAGGCUUGCAUAUGACACAUCGUUAGCGAAGAUGCAAAAAGCGAAGAAGGAGGAUUUCCGAGUUGAAGAAGAACUGCGGACCCAGAAGGCGAAAUACGAAGAGUCCGCAGAUGAUGUCCAACGAAGAAUGGAGGAAAUCCGUGAAUCCGAUCCUGAAUGUGUUUCAGAUCUAGCAGCCUUCCUUGACGCUGAAUUGGCAUACCACGACAAGUGCAGAGAAGCAUUGUUGCAAUUGAAAAACGAGUGGCCGGCGAGAUCGCAACAAUACAGAGGUUCCCGUCCUAAUGCUCGGUCCCGCUCCAACACGGUCCGCUCUUAUACCCAAUACUUGGAACCGGCUGAGGAAAUGACUCCCGUUGUUGAAGUACGGCCAUCCAUUAAGUCAAGCCGCUCUCAAACAGCUCGUUACGGCGAACAGUUGUAUGACCACUCGCCACGUCCGGCUUUUAAUAGAUCAACUACAUACGAUGGUGGGCGAGAUUUGUCUCCUGCCAACAUGGCCCGCAUUACACGGGUUCCAAGCGAUUCCCUGAUGAUUCGAACGGCACGUUCACAACUCCGAAACGUUGAAGAACAAGAUGUCUUUGCGGACGAUUCGGGCUCUUAUACAAACAGCAGUCCUGACCAUGGCUAUGGAGAACAAUCAGUCUCGCCUGCUACAUCGCAUGGAAGUGGCUCAUUCACUCCGCUCAAAAAGAGCAGCGGACCCCCUCCGCCACCACCAUCUCGUGCAAAGAAGCCCCCUCCACCUCCAGUACCUGCCAAGCGAACUCUUCUGACGUAGAAGAGGGACCUGAGAUAAACUUUGCUGUUAAUGAAUUGGAAGAUUUUGGGUAGCACCGGCAGUAUGGUGUUGGUUGGAUGCACAGGAUUCUGCAAAGCACAUGGAAUAGGAGGUGCCGUAUCAUGGAUGGAGUUUUAUGUACAAGAGGCACUAAGUGGUGUAUUGCUCCCAAACAUAUAAGUGAUGACUUCCCAAGCUCAACACAGCAUUCUUAACC